AUGACAUGCCCCACGAAAAACUUGAGCUUCUAUACAACCAAAGCACAGGGCGUCAACCCCAUAACACCACCUAACCUCCUGCAACAUGAGAUCUUACAAACAGAGACCUCAAAAGACACCGUCAUAAAAGCCCGCGAUGAAAUCACUUCUUUAUUGGAGGGCACGGAUUCAGAUCGACGACUUCUCGUGAUAAUUGGCCCCUGCUCUAUACACGAUCCAGAUGCUGCUAUUGAGUACGCUACCCGCCUUCUACAAUUGAAGAGGCAGUACAACGACGAUCUUCUCAUUGUAAUGCGAUCAUAUCUGGAGAAGCCAAGGACAACAGUUGGUUGGAAAGGCCUGAUAAAUGAUCCAGAUAUCGACAAUUCGUUCAACAUCAAUAAAGGACUAAGGAUAGCACGGCAACUGUUCGUCGAUCUCACAGAUAUGGGCAUGCCCAUUGCGAGUGAAAUGCUCGACACAGUAUCGCCGCAGUAUCUUGCCGAUUGUUUGAGUUGCGGUGCUAUCGGUGCACGAACUACAGAAAGUCAACUGCAUCGAGAACUUGCCUCUGGCCUUUCCUUCCCGGUCGGCUUCAAAAACGGAACUGAUGGUUCAUUGGACGUUGCAAUUGAUGCCAUCGGUGCUGUGACAUCUCCGCAUCACUUUCUCUCAGUUACUAAACCUGGGCUUGUUGCAAUAGUCGGGACUACAGGCAAUGAGGACUGCUUCGUCAUUCUCAGAGGAGGUAAGAAGGGUACCAAUUAUGACAGGAAAAGCAUACAAGAAGCGAAAGCUGCGCUGGCGAAAAAGGGCAUGAGGCAACGACUGAUGGUCGAUUGUAGCCAUGGGAAUAGCCUGAAGGACCACCGAAACCAGCCUAAAGUUGCGGAGGAUCUAGCUUCACAGAUCGAGACGGGCGAGGAGGGAGUUAUUGGGGUGAUGAUUGAAAGUAACAUCAACGAAGGGGCCCAGAAGGUGCCACCAGAAGGAAAAUCAGGUCUGCAGUAUGGCGUCAGCAUUACGGAUGCUUGUAUAAAUUGGGAAGCAACAGAGAAAGUCCUCAAGCGUCUUGCUGACGCAGUGAGGAAUCGAAGGCAAGCCCAUAGCUUGAAAGCACAUGCUCAGUCAAACGGCCGUACAUAA